GGAUUGUCCACCUAUCUAUACUGAACUAAUGCAUGGAUUGCAUUCAAUUGAUGGUUUCAUAUGACGACGUCGCUGGACGCAUUCAUGAAUCGAGUCAUAUCAGUCGUGACUGGAGACGGACGGAAUAUAGUAGGAAUGAUGAAGGGAUUCGACCAGCUCGUCAAUGUGGUUCUCGAAGACUCACAUGAACGUGUGUAUUCUGAAACGCAAGGUGUCGAACAAAUACCGCUGGGUUUGUACAUAAUUCGAGGAGACAAUGUCGCGGUGAUCGGCGAACUGGACGAGGAACUCGACAAACGAAUCGAUUUGGAGAACGUGAAAGCUGCUCCAUUAGCGCCCAUAUGGAUUCAAGGAUAGUACGCAACAAGUGCCGAUGAUGUGUUGUUUUGCAUUUUAAAUACGUUCCAUUUUCAUUUUGAAUCUUUUUAUGGAUAUCGUUGUCAUUAUGUUGGCUCUAGCUUUCUUUUCUGCGUUUAUUCCGAUUGUAUUGCCUUUUCUGGUUUUGAAAAUCUAAGUUCCUCAUUUUUUGGUCAAAGAUUACCCACACAGAAUUGCACAUUUUGUUCUUUUGCUACCGUGGCGACGCCUGUAACACGUAUAUACGUGCGUAAGGAGCGGUAUUCUUAUCACAUCGAAUCAAAUUACCCUUUUUUAUCGCUUGAAAAAAGUUGCGGUGUACAGGUUUUCUGACAUUUCAGUUUUCGGCUGUGUAAUAAACUGCUUUUGCUA